UGCGCAGAGACUCAGAGAGUGAACAAGAGCUCCAGCCAAGACUUGCACUGUAAUUGGCUUGACCUGGGAUUAACCACAGAAUCUUGACUAGAAAAAAGAUGAAUGCUGAAGAUUGUUCUGUAACAGAGAACAGCUCCUUGCAUCUGGAGAGAGGACAACAAAGAAAUGCCACCAGCCCUCAUUUUGCAACACAUCAUGAAGGAUCUCUUCGAGUUCCUAUCCCAUGUGCUGUACUGAAUGUGGUCAUCAUCACUGUUUUAAUUAUAACUCUCAUUGCUUUAUCAGUGGGACAAUACAAUUGUCCAGGCCAACAUAUGUCCUCAGUGCCAAGAAAUAGCCAUGUUUCUUCAUGCUCAGAUGAUUGGAUUAGAUACCAGAGGAAAUGCUACUUUUUUUCCCCUAUGACAAAGAACUGGACCUUGGCCCAAAACUUUUGCUCCAAACACGGUGCUACUCUUGCUCUCAUUGAUUCUGAAAAUGACAAGAUCUUUCUAAAACGAUAUGUGGGUAGAGCUGAACACUGGAUUGGCAUGAAAAAUGAAGCUGGUCAUACACAGAAAUGGUUAAAUGGCAAAAAAUCAAACAACUGGUCCAACCUUACAGAAUCCAAGAACUGUUCAUUUCUGAAUAGCGAAGAGGUCAGCAGCACAGAAUGUGAAAGGAAUUUACACUGGAUAUGUAGCAAACCCUCCCAAUCAUGAGGAAUCAUAUUUUCUUAUUGACAAUUAUAUCAUGGAACGCCAGGAAGUUUGUGUCAAUGGAUGCUGCUCUGUGGUCAGAAGUCUUCCAUAAAGACUUUGUGAAAAAACUUGGUAUUAUGUCAGAAAUCUUCUUCCAAACAACACUGUGGGAAAAGGGAGAGAAAUUCCAGGAAUAUCUGCAUUGUGGAAUACUCCUGCCAUGAGCUGAAAAUGUCAGAGGUUGACUAAUAAUUAUGUCCAAGGAUGAGAAGAAUGACUUUAAACGUUUUGGAUGCACUUUAUAUUUUUUUAAUUCAGAAAUAAGAAAUAACUAGAUUUAGAGUUAUUUAUUGUUGAAUGACUACCAACAAUGAGUGUCCUUCACGAGUCUGCACUCUAUGAAGGAGUUAGAUGGUGGUAUUAAAAACUGAAUGUAAACAGAGGGAAUUUUGACUGGUAACACAUUCAAUCUAAAUGCAUGUUUUAAACUGAGAGAACGUUUAUAAGUGGACAAAUGCUUAUGGAACUAAGCUUUGAAAUAUUUCUCUCUUUUUAGAGAAGUUCUCUUUUUAGACAGAAACUUUGUCAUUUUUCCCCCCAGAGAGUGGGAUGAUCAUGUAUUUAUGUUGUAUCUUUUUCUUCUUUAAUGUAGACUCGUCUUUUUCAAUGGUACAUAAUUUUGUUGCCUUUAAAAUCUUAAAACAGUGUUUUGCAGAGAUAAAGACAAAAGCAAAGAAUAUAAGGUAUUCAUAAAACAGAAGAAGGUGUUAGAAACUGUGCAAUAUGUGAUGUGGCAAGUCCCUAUCAGGAAAAAUUCUGUAUUGUUCAAACCUGGAAUGAUGCUAGUCUUCUCUGAUUAUAGAUUUGUGCCUUUCCUAAUUAAUUCUAUCAUGUGCAAUUCUUCAUAUGAAG